AUGAAUAAUUACAAUCAAGUAACGCCCUUGAAGCUUGGCGGAGGUACGCGGGCGCGGGCCCGUGGCGAUGCAGCAAUAGCAGCAGGUACUGGCAGCCGUGGUGCGGCGAGCGAGGCGGGAAGCCAGAGCUGUAUGUACAGUGGCAAGCCCGAUGAGCCGUACCCUACCAGCAAGGGUUGCAGCGGGCUCCCAGAAAACCAUCACAGUAGUUUCGUGCUGCUACCGCAGUAUCACAAAGGUGGAGCGGGCCUUCCGCAGCCGAAUAGCACGGGCACGCUGGGCGUUCCCGUUAACUUAUACGUACCCGACUACAGUCUGUUCUUCGGGGCGCAGAAUGCAUCUUGCGACAAACCGCAGAGCUUGAUAAACUGGAUCGACCGACAAUACGCACGGGGGAUGAGAGAGAAGUUCGGCCAAGCGAAGAUGGCGACGUUUGUCGAUCAGGCAAGCAAGCUGGUAUCGCGGGCGUAUGCGGCCGGCAAAGUGUGGCAGAACGACUGGCUGCGGCAGCCGGACGUUCCUGUAUUUAACCGGGGCAGCAAUGUGCGCCCGAUGCAGCUUGUGUGCGAGAUUGGGACGUCUUCGGUGGGCCGCAAGCGGAACUCAAGCUCGUCUGCGGAGACGCUCGGGCGGGGGCCUUCCUGGGAUGGAAGUGACUUGCAUAGUAAUACGACCGUGACCUUAGGAAAACAGGUCGACUCCUCCCAGGCGAAGGGGAAGAAGCGGAAGGCACUCUCUGAGCAAGACCGCAAGAGGCUGCGGUUAGAGCGCUUUGCAUCCAACUCUGAUGCUGCGAAGCGUACCAGGCGUUCGGAUGACGAGGACUACUCUAACUUGAACGCUACCAGCAACCAUUCCUACAAAUUCGAUAAGAACCGUCCUGUUGUUGGGCGUUGUAGAACCUUGGAGAAGAGAUAUCUUAGACUAACGAGCGAACCUGACCCGGAAAAGGUCCGCCCUCUUGAUGUCUUAGAGAAGGCAUACGAAUUCAUCAUGAACAAGUACCGUAGCAAGGAAGCAACAUACCCCUAUGUAUGCGACCAGUUCAAGUCAAUGCGGCAGGAUUUGAAGGUGCAGAUUAUCGAGAAUGACUUCACGCUAAAAGUAUACCAGACGCAUGCCCGUAUAGCUCUAGUUAACGGCGACCUAGGUGAGUAUAACCAAUGUCAGGGGAGUAUCAUGGAACUCUACGAGCGCGAUAAUGUGGCCAAGCACCAUUUCUCCGAGUUUAUGAGCUAUCGGAUCCUGUACUAUCUUCUCACAGAAGAUCAUGCUGCGAUUGAUGAGCUGCGAUUAAAAAUACUAACGGAGCACGUAGACCAAUCUGCCGACACGACGAUACGCUUGGCCUUUGAAAUGGCACAGGCACAGGCACAAGGAGACUAUCACACUUUUAUGAAACUGUACGCACAGACUGUGGGCCCGAUGCGGGCACUAGUGAACGAGUUUAUUAAGCGCGAACGCCUGAGAGCGCUAAAAACAAUGUGCAGUGCGUACAAGCAGUUGAGAUUAACUUUUUUAGUUUCGGAGCUAAGUUUAAAGGAUGAGGACGAGACCUUCAAGUUUCUGAACGACUUUGAUUUAUUUAAUUCAGUCGUCCUGCCUGAAGGCGACGCCGACACAAUGUAUUUGAACUUCAAAGAAUGUCGUGCCAAAAUUAUGGACCACUACAACAAGUCCAUGAAGGUCGACAUAAAAGGCCAAAAGUGA